AUGUAUUCAAUCGAUUGUUGGCUAGAGAUUCCAAGAUCAUCAAAUUAUUGGUUUAUGGAUAGCCAAGAAACUUCAUUUAUAAAUAUGAGCCAUUUUGGAGUAUCAUUCGACCAAUUUAUUAAAUCAACAUUCAAUGUAAAUUCAGUGGUAUCCCAAGAAUCAUUUUUAUUUAGUGUAAUAUUAAGUGGAUUUAUAUCUUUACGUUGUGCAUUCAACAUAAAUAUUCAAGUCUUCGAACCAUUAUUAUUAGCUUUAUUCAAGGGGUACUUGGUAUUAUCAAGCCAAACAGAUAACUAUCAACAUCAUUAUCUAUUAGUAUUGGUUCUAAUUGUAUUAUCAUCAAUAAACUGGAACAAGUUCAAAGGCAUUUCAAACAAGACAUUGGUUUCAUGCUGGCAAGUUAAGCUUUUAUUAAUUCAACUUUCAUUGGUAUAUUUUUGGACAUCCGUUGCAAAGUUCCAUUGGUCCUGGAUUAAUGGUGAUGUUUUACCAAGAAUGGUCGGCCCCGAAUUUAAAGAAAUGUUCAAUCACUAUUUUGAAAUCAUCACCUCAAUACUUGGUAUCGAAUAUAUAAAUAAUAGCUCUAUGGCCAUAUUAUCAUGCUUAACAAUAGUUUCUGAAUUAUUCCUUGUAGUAUCACUCCACAUCCCAUCACUAUCAAUUUUAACUUUUAUUAUUGGUGUUACAAUGCAUACUUUUAUGGGCUCUUCAGGUUUAAGAAUUGGUACAUUCUCAUAUUUUAUGGUAAUAAUUUAUACCCUCACCUUGCCACAUUAUUUUAAGAAAUUCAAUAAUAGCAAUAAUAAUAAUAAUAAUAACAACAACAAAACAAUCAAAAACAAUCAAAAAACCAACAAGUUAAAUAUAUUUAAAAAAAUAAUAAUUGAUACUUUAAAGGUUGGAACCAUUGGAUUGUUAUCAAUAAUUUUUUUAUUAUAUAAUUUCAUUGAUCCAUUAUUCACUCAACAUUUUAAAUAUCCUUUAUUAGCAAUAUUAGUAAUAAUAAUCAUUCAAACCUGUUAUAAUAACUAUAUAGACAGUACCAGUAAUAAUAUAAAAAAACAAAUAUUUUAUUUAUUUUCAAUAGGUUUAAUAGUAUCAAGUUUAAUUCAAGCUUCUGAUCAAUUUAGAUUACUUUAUAUUGAGCAUGGGGCAAUGGCAAUUAGAUUAAACUCAUUGGAUGAAUCAAUUAAAAGCUAUUUAAUAGCCGAAGAAAUCUCAGAUAGAGUAGAAUCAAAAUUAUUUAGAUUUAGGGCACAGCAAUCCAACGACUUUGAAUUCAUUGGUGAUUUAGGUUUAUUUUUAGAAACUAAAAAAAACUAUUCAAAAGCUUUGGAACUUUACGAAAAGUACAAUAAAAUCUAUCCAGAUAUUUUAAAGAUUCAAAUUGGUAUGAUUAGAACCUAUCAUUCAAUCGAUGAAUUGGACCAAAAAGAAAAGAAAUCCAAAAUCUGUAGUAUUAUUCCAAAAACUAUCGAAUAUGCAAACAAACUAACCUCUGAAACAUGUAUCAAUCAAGACUGUGCUAGAAAUCAAAACCAUGCUCGAUAUGUUUUAAAUUUAAUAAAACAAAUAAAUAAUCAAUUUUAUAGCUGUUAA